UAAUUGCAUUUGUUGUGUUAAAAUCAGCCGCUAGAAAACGAGCAACGAGCCUUGGACCAAAUGGCACAAAUCCUGCUGAGAAACAUCACGAGGGCCAGUAAUUCUACUCUGCUGACUACGAGUAGGAUUGGCCCAAGUCCAUUGACAAUCCCCGCCGUCGCCGCCGCUAACUCUUUAAGUCAACAACUACACACAACGUCGCCGUGCUGCGAGAUACGGAAACUUGCUCGAUUGCGCGUUGUGGAUAACAGUGAUCUGGGCAAACGGGCGAUGGCUGAAGGCCGGCCACCCCGCUGCAUACAUGUGUACAAUAAACGUGGAGUCGGUCUGAUUGGUGACAAAGUGCUGGUGGCCAUCAAAGGCCAAAUGAAGAAGGGCAUCUUGGUGGGCCUGAAGCAGAAGCAGCGACUGAAGCAGCCACAAUUUGAUAGCAACAACCUGGUGCUCAUCGAUGACAAUGGCAGUCCGCUGGGCACACGCAUCCACGUUCCGAUACCAACAGUGCUGCGCACGAUACUCAAGGAGAAAACGUUAUCGAAGGGUGCCGACUACACAAAGGUGCUGGCCAUUGCCAGUCGUUAUGUUUAGUUGUUGCUGUUGUGGUGAAAGCCGGUAAAGAUAAAUAAAGAGAACACCUAUUCAUUGUUAUAGUAAUAAAGUAGUAUAUUUUUGUUUUGUUUUAUAAUGUAAUUUCUCGAUCAGCUAGUUUAGUAGAUGCCUAACGUAUGUGUAUGCGUGUAAGUGUGUGUGUGUGUCUGUGUAUGUGUGUAUAUAUUUAAAUGUUUGUACAUAUGCGCGUUAUUUUUGUAAUUAGUAUUUAUGUAGUUUACAGUAAUAGUUGUUGCAAUUGUUUGUAGUUGGUAGUCGAUGAUGACGAUGAUAACAGAAAUGCACACUGAAGUUUCUCCAGGCUGAGGUCACAAUGCAGGCAACAGUCAAGGAGCAGAGAGCGAACGAAAGAAAGAGACAGCAUUCUAUGCACAUGCUUUGUGUAAGCAUCUCGCUCUGAUUCGCCGCUGCUCAUCGCGCGCUCUCGCUUCAACUUGUUUACAUAAAAAAAAAUCAAAUAAAAUAAAAACAACAAGUUGGAGAAGCCAAAGACGCUUCUCCCUCUAUCCAAUGGGGUAGUAAGUACAGGUACAGCCUCCUCCUUCUUCUCCUUCACAUUCACCUUCACCUUCACCACAUCCUCUUAGUUCUCACUUCUCUACUUAUCCAGGUCGAUCCAGGCAUCUUUUAGAUAUUGCCGGCACUGUUGUAGAAUUGAAAGUUGUUGUAGUUAACCGGCGUCUUGGGACUGGGGCACAUGUAAAGGAAGUCGUCGUUUUGCAGCUGCGAUUGGGUUAAGUUUGGCUCGCUGGCGCUACGAUGAAUCUUGGGCAGCGUGCGCAGCAUAUUCUCCAGCAUGUUCAACAGCGGCCGGAACAGGGGACGCUCCUUGGGAUUGUAUUUGAUGCAAUCCUCGGCGAGACGUUUGAGCGCCUGUGGCGCAUCGGAGCGCACCUGGCUCAUGUCCGGGCGCAACAAUCCGCGUCCGACCAUAAACAGUAUUUGAUCCUUGUUGCUAAUGUUGCGAUAUGGCAGACACUCGGCCAACAGUUCGUACAUCACAAUGCCGAACGCAUAGACAUCCGAUUGGAACGAGUAGGGAUUAAGCUCCUGCAUGCGUAUCACCUCCGGUGCCAUCCACAGAAUGCUGCCAGUUGGCUGAUUCGCCUGCUUCUCACCCGACCAGCGUGUCUUGGCUGUGGCCAGACCGAAGUCACCGAUCUUCACCGACAGA